AUGGAGGCAGAUGUUCGAGUCUCUACUCUGCAAGAGUCUCCUCAAAAGCCAAUCACACUGGCCAAACAUACUACGGAACAAAUUGAAGACCGGGCAUCCAUCAUCAGCAGCAUCAAAUUCAGUUUCUCCACCACAGGCCUACGCGAACCUUCCAUAUCCCCCACAAACUCAAAGUUCUACUGUGAUAUAAGCCUGAUAUUGAAAGAUAGAGAAAUUCUCGGGCUCACCAUACGGAUAUUUCAGAUUCCUAUUCACUUGAAGUUUUCUGAAAUGUCAGGGCAGGCAAGCACAAAGCGAAAACCUAAACUUACGAAGCCGUGGGACAUCAAACUUGGCCAAAAACUCAUUCUUAUCGGCCCAGCUCGCGCGCUCAAGUGUCAGGGCUCGAAAUAUGCGGAAUUUGUUCGAGAAUUGGCUGAAAAACGACUUACCAAUAUCAACCAUCUCCAAAUACAAGCGCAUGAGGCCACGAAACUGGUACGGAUAGGUCUGCCUGUAAAUCAGCGGCCCAAAACAGCAUGA